CAGAUCUCAGUUACUGGUUACUCUUUUCCAGUCUCUCCUCUCCAUCGUCCCCUCCGCCGCACCGUCCGACGCGCGCGGCUCCGGUGCUCCGCCGCUUACCCCCAGGGCUCCCUCCCAUCCCAUCACCGCCGCAGUACUCUCCGCCCUUUCCCCGACGUCUCCGACCCCGCAUCACUGCCUCCGCUGGACGCCCGAUCCGCCUUCGCUCCCUACGUUGCUCGCCGCCGGAUCCACGCCUGGUAUUUCUCCAGCAACCCCGCGACAACGCCGCGCGACGCCCACGAGCGUUAGGAUGGUGACCGCCGAGGCCGUGAUGGCGGUCGUCAGGGCCGCCCGCCCCGUCUUCUGCUGCGCCCACGACGGCGUCGCGUUCGCUGCAAACGCCGCUUUCCUUGCCGACGGAUACUCCCUCUGCGCCGUCGGUCCUGCCGCGCUCAUCAACCCCCGGCCCGCAGAAGAGGAGGAGGUGGGAAUUGAUGGUUGGAACAGUAUGGACAACAUCUAUGCCUUUUUGUACUACAAGGAGGACGAUGGCAAGAAGAAGUUCAUUUUAAUGAAAUGUGUGGUGAUUGCUGACUUCCUUGCUAUUGAUGCGCUGGAUCUUGAGGCACAACACGAGGGGCGCUUCAUUGUCCAGAUAAAUGUGAAGGAUUUCUACUCAGAAGAACAACACAAGAAUUAUAAGGAUAUGUACAAGAAUUUUGUGUGCUUGAUUAAUAUCCUUAACACCACCUUAUUGGUUGAAUUGGGUCGUAAGGAUACUACUGCUGUCCAGAUACCUGAUGUUGAGAACAGUUCGUCAAUGAGCAGUUCUGGAAAUUUUACAUGGGAAAACCCAAGUACAAGGACAACUGAACCAGCCGGUUCUCAAUAUAUUCUGUGGGAAAGCCGGAGUACAAGGAUGAUUGAACCUGCCGGACUGAUUUAUCCUCCGGUAGUUCUGGUUGGUGAUGAUGACACCUUCCCUGUUCCUGGUGUAGGCUUGUACCCUCACAGUGGUGAAACCGGUGGUAGUAUGCACGUUGGUCCAAAUGAUCCACGCUUCUUUCCUACAAAUCCUUCUACUCCUUUUGGUGACCUUGGGAGUGUUCCACCCGGUGGUCGUUACGAUCCAAUUGGCCCGCCCGAUGCUUCAGGAUUUGAACCGUCUCGCUUUGUGAGUCCUUCGAGGCAUUCAGGUGGAAGCACUCACCCAGACCUCGAGUUCUUCCAGCAAGGCCCGGACUUCUUCUGAGACUCGGCUUCAUGCCCACCUGCACCCUGUGGUGAAUGACUCUGCUUUGUUUCUGCUGUGCUUGACCGUGAACGCUUUGCGGAACCAAUCUGCUAUGUAUCGCAAACCGUAAACUCCCGUAUUCACCUUCCAAAUCAUGCUUUGGCAUACUCGACUGUACAAUUGUAUGUGGGGCUGUCUUUAGAUCCCUCUGUGGUCUGCAAGUUUUGCCUCAUCACCACCUAGCAACAUGAAAAUUUGCUCUCAGUUUCGUCA